AUGUCCUCAGGCGAAAGGCAUCAAGAUAGUCACGUCAAGGGAACGCAGUCGGAUCCUUACAAACGGCGCAGGCCAAAUGCUUGCGACAUGUGCAGGAAGAGAAAAGGCGACGGCAAACAGGUUCAGACAGCUAAAUGCUCGAAUUGUACGGCCCGUAACUGGACAUGCGAAUGGACUGGAUACGACGCAAGGGGGAAGUACACUGGAUAUAUUGAAGCCCUUGAAGUGAAGGUCAUGAGGCUUGAGAGUCUUAUCAGACGGCUCUCACCGGGUCAGGACUUCACUAAAGAAGUAGGUUUCACUUUGACCCGCGAUAAUUGGAUGAUGCCUGGUGUUUGCGGAAUGUCCUUGCUGGAGGAUCCUCUGCCACAGGGAUCCUCAGAAGCCGGCGCUGUGUAUCUACCAACAGCUACAACAUCGAGCUCCCUCGCCAUUCUAGGUCCCGAACAAGCGCCGCCUCUGACGCCCAUGGAGGAGGAUGGUCACCUGUCAGAUGAAGAGGAUAGUCUGACGACAAAACUUCGCCAGCUUCCUGCCAUCCUAUCUGCGAAGCACAGGGACACAUCGAACUACCUGGGCAGGUCGUCUGCAGUCAGUCUUCUGAAAGUGGCAAUCACCCUGUGCUCUCGACUAGCACCACACUCCAAUGCUGGUUCUAUCUUCGGCAAUGCCCGGAGACGGCCAGAAUGGAUGGAAGACCUCGCGAACGAGACGGACCAGGUUCCGUAUAACUUUCCAGAUCCAGACCUUCUUGAUGAAUUCGUCGAUCUAUACUUCUUGCACGUCCACACAUUCGCGCCAGUUCUACAUCGCAUCAGGAAAACGCCUGCCCCGUAA